AUGGGUUAUGUUAUCAUUAUUGUCGUCUUGUUAAUGUUACAACAGAUGCACACAGACAGUACGUUGUUACCUGAGGGUGCCCCAUUGAGCUGCCCUGGUCCCCAAAGCGACUCGGCUGGGCGUGAUCCCGCAUGUGCUGGUUGUCCGAACCAAGCGCUGUGUGCAAGUGGUGCUCCCAAACUGUCGCUGGAGGAGCGCGAACCGGAGAUCGUAGCGGAAAUUCGCAAUCGUCUCGGCCGGGUUAGGCAUUGCCUCUUUGUUCUUUCUGGUAAAGGCGGUGUGGGCAAGAGCUCAGUGUCGACCUGUCUUGCUUGGGCUUUAGCUCGCCAAAACCAAUGCCGCGAUCAGGUUGGACUGCUGGACCUAGAUAUCUGCGGACCCUCAAUACCCUGUUUAAUGGGAUGUUUGGAUUCUGAGGUUCAUCAAAGUGCCUCGGGUUGGUCGCCAGUUUUCGUGACCGAUAACCUAGCUCUGAUGUCUGUAGGAUUUCUGACAUCUCCUGAUCAGGCGCUGAUAUGGCGGGGACCGCAAAAAAAUUCCUUUAUUCGUGACAUCCUCUGCAAGGUCACCUGGACGGACAACUACGCAGACGAAACAGCUACAUCUCUGGAUUAUUUACUAAUUGACACCCCUCCUGGCACCUCAGAUGAGCAUCUAUCCUCUGUACCCUAUGUAAAGGCUGCCGGGUGCCCUGUUGCUGCACUGAUUGUCACAACUCCGCAAGAAGUUGCCCUUAGUGACGUCAGAAAGGAGAUAAAUUUUUGUGAAAAAAUCGGUCUCCGAAUUGUCGGAGUCAUUGAAAAUAUGUCUGCAGUGGAGUGUCCAAACUGUGGUUUUGCAAAUGAGAUAUUCCCAAGAACCACUGGUGGGGCUGAUUCAUUGACUGGGUUGGAGGUUAUCGGACGAAUCCCGCUUGAUUCUCGACUGACUAGAUGUUUGGAUGAAGGACAGUGUCCUUUUGACGUAAUCGAUGGGCUGCCUGUUACAAAGGCGUUUGAUACAUUGGCCAGCAAUAUUAAGGCGAAACUUAAUCAAAAUGGUCUUUGA